AAUCCGCCGGGCCUGCUGACUAUGCCCCGGAGCCCCACCUCCAGCGAGGAUGAGAUGGCCCAGAGCUUUUCAGAUUACUCCGACGACUGCGCCUCCGACAGCUCACGAGAAGAAACCAUCUACGAGACCAUAAGGGCCACGGCCGAGCCACCAGCCCCCCCCCACAUGGAGGACGUCCACACCAACACGCAGGUCGUCCGCGUCCUCGUCCCCGACCUGCAGCAGACGAAAUGCAUGCGGUUCAACCCGGACGCGACCGUCUGGGUGGCCAAGCAGCGGAUCCUGUGCACGCUCAACCAGAGCCUGAAGGACGUGCUCAACUACGGCCUCUUCCAGCCGGCGAGCAACGGGAGGGACGGCAAGUUCCUGGACGAAGAGCGAAUCCUGCGAGAGUAUCCUCAGCCAAUCAGCAAGGGCGUCCCGGUGUUGGAGUUCCGCUACAAGAGUCGAGUUUACCGGCAGCCGAACGUGGACGAGAAACAAAUCGCCAAACUUCACACCAAGGCCAAUCUGAGGAAGUUCAUGGACCUCAUCCAACACAACCAGGAGGACAAAGUGUCGAAGAUGUUGGAGCGAGGCUUCGAUCCCAACUACCACGACGGUGACACUGGUGAGAGUCCUCUGACCUUCGCCGCUCACCUGGACGGAGUCGUGGAGCUGAUCAAGGUUCUGAAGAACGGAGGAGCUCACCUGGACUUCAGGGCCAAGGACGGCAUGACCUCCCUCCACAAAGCUGCUCGCUCCAAGAACCAGGUCACGCUCAUGACGCUGCUGGAGCUCGGAGCGUCUCCGGACUACAAGGACAGCCGUGGUCUGACUCCCCUGUACCACAGCGUGGUGGUGGGGGGGGACCCGGGCUGCUGCGAGCUCCUGCUGAGCCACCAGGCGGCCGUCUGCUGCCAGGACGAGAACGGCUGGCACGAGGUUCACCAGGCUUGUCGUCAUGGCCACGUGCAGCAUCUGGAGCAUCUGUUGUUUUAUGGAGCAGACAUGAGCGCCCAGAACGCCUCUGGAAACACAGCUCUACACGUCUGUGCCCUGUACAACCAGGAUAACUGUGCCAGAGUGCUGCUGGUCCGUGGAGCCGACAAAGAGGUGAAGAACUACAACAGCCAGAGUCCAUUUCAGGUCGCCAUUAUCGCCGGGAACUUUGAGCUUGCUGAGCUCAUCAAGGACCACAAGGAGACGGAUAUCGUGCCUUUCCGUGAGGCCCCAGCCUACUCCAAACGCCGCCGGGGUCCAGCUUCCGGCAGCAGCGGAGGAAACAGCUCGUCUCCCUCGUCGUUGUUGGCUCCGCGGGUUCUGCUGCGUUCCAACAGCGACAACAACCUGAGCGUCAGUCAGUACCAGCAGCAGCAGCAGCAGCAGCAGCCCGGCUCCCCCGGCGGCUGGGCCCCUCACCUGCAGCAGCACCACCCGCACAGGGCCCCCCAGCAGGGCCAGUCGCAGCCUGGCUCGUCGGCGUUGCACCGCAGCCUGUCCCCCCAGCUGCUCCAGCAGAUGCCCAGCGGCAGCCCCAAUGGCACCGUGGUGGUCCGGACCAUGGGGAGGGGGGCGCGGAGCCGCUCGCCCUCCCUCAGCCGGCUGGGGGAGGAGUCUCGAAGGGCCAUGGCCUCCCAGCGGCAGCCAAGUCUCAGCAGUCAUGGCGAGGGCGUGGGCACCAGGAGGAAGCUGUACAGCGCCGUCCCCGGGAGACACUUCGUGGUGGUGCGUCCCCACACCGCUCAGGCCGAGGGGGAGAUCAACCUGUACAAGGGCGACAGGGUCAAAGUUCUGAGCAUCGGAGAGGGGGGGUUCUGGGAGGGCAGCGCCCGUGGCCAGGUGGGCUGGUUUCCAGCCGACUGCGUGGAGGAGAUCCCGGCCAAGGCCACCGAGGAGAGGAGCUAUUCCCGAGCGGAUCGAGCCGACAGACGGAAGCUGUUCAGACACUACACUGUGGGGUCCUACGACAGCUUCGACGCCUCCAGGUUCCUUAUGGAAAACAUGUCUCGAGGUUCACGACUCGGCUGUUAUCUGCUGCAGGUGAACCAGGAGAACGUGGUGAAGGUCGGCCACAGGCAGGUGGUCAACAUGAUCCGUCUGGGAGGGAACCGGCUCCUGAUCAAGGUCGUGACGGUGAGCCGGAAUCUGGACCCCGAUGACACGGCACGCAAAAAAGCUCCUCCCCCACCGAAGAGAGCCCCCACCACAGCCCUGUCCAUGCGCUCCAAGUCCAUGACCUCGGAGCUGGAGGAACUCGUGGAUAAAGCCACUCUAAGGAAAAAGAAAGGUGAUGCGCAGAAGAAGAGGAUUGUUUUCCAAGUCACUCUAAAAAAAGUCGAAGAGAUGACGCACGCCCAGAAGACUUCGCCUGUUGAUAUGAAGAUCGCCACAAUCAAGCCACGCCCCUCCAGUCGCUGCCUGGUGACCCCUACUGAUAUGAAUUCCAUGUAUCAUGACCGCCAGGGAGUAGCAGUGGUGCCCCCCACUGUUCCUGGAGCCUUCCUGGGCUUACCUGAGAAGGGCACCAUCAAGAAGCAGAAGUCAAUAGGUACGGAUGAGGAUGACAAACAAGGAUUCCUCACACCUCCGCCACUAAAGUUCUCCCGCAGCCUCUCUAUGCCUGACUCCACAGAGGACAUCCCCCCUCCUCCAGCCAUUUCACCCCCUUCGCCACCUGGCUACAACUCAGCUGCCGGCCCUACAUCCAAAGGCUACAGCACCACACGACCCAGCUUCACCCAGAACUCACCCAAUGCAGUGACCACCAUUAGCCGAGCCGGCGUUGGUACGUUGAGGCGUGGCUAUUACCGCCAGAGCUCAGAGCAGUUUGAGAGCACACGUUUACGAGGGCGUGCACCAGUGCCAGAGAACCCUUACUCCGAGGUGGGCAACAGGACAUUGUACGUGCCAGCAAAACCAGCUCGACGGAAGGGCAUGCUCGUAAAACAGUCAAACGUUGAGGACAGUCCUGAGAAAAUGUGUCGCAAGCCAGCAAGUCCCUCAGGCCCGGUCUCCAUGCCUACUACACCUGUAGAACGAACAUGCUCCUCCAUCCCCAUCCCCACAAUCAUCGUCAAGGAGCCUUCCACCAGCAGCAGUGGCAAGAGCAGCCAGGGUAGCAGUAUGGAGAUCGAGCCCACCACUCCUGAACACCCCUCGCUCACACCCACUGUUGGGAGUGGAGGUCUGCGUCCUGAAGAUCCUCAUUCUCUAGGCAACCCCUUUGCUGCAGCUAUUGCUGGGGCAGUGCGGGACCGGGAGAAGAGGCUCGAGGCAAGAAAGAGCUCAAUCACCUUCCAGUCAAUCGAUUUUGGGGAUGAUGAUUUGAGCGGUCCAACACCUUCCCCUCGCCUUCGCCAGUCAAAGUCCAUCGAUGAAGGCAUGUUUAGUAGCGACGAGCGACUUAGAAGGAUAUUGGCCCCUCCCUUUGCACGGCUUGGGCCGCCUGUAGGGGGUGGCAGUGGCAACAUGACCGAUUUUAAUACACCUGAGCCCACAGUUGUGCGGGAGCCUCUGAACACCAGAACUGGCCAGUGUCCCAACUUAGACAGUCCUGUUAGUCUCCCAGCCACUCCUCCUAAGAGCCACUACAGGGCCAAUGGAACCUACCUCCACCCUGUCACCGGCAAGCCCUUGGACCCUAAUUCUCCACUCGCUCUGGCCCUGGCAGCUCGUGACCGGGCCAUGAAGGAGCAACAAAACCAUCCACAGAGUCAGCCUCCAAACCCUCCUCAGGUUCAAACCCCCAAGCAGGAAGCCCAGUCCCUUCCAGUCCAGCCAAGCCACAAACCAGACCUCAACCAACCCCUCUUUAUUGACACCAAACUACGUUCUGGCAUAGAGACUAGUUUUGCUGCAAUCUCAACAGCAACCAUGGGGCGUCCUGGCCGAGGCGGCCUGCGGAGGCAGAUGACCGAGCAGAAGUAUGAGUCUGAUGGGGCACGGGAAGAGAGGCAGCAUCAGGCCGUCGAGGAGAGGAAAAGUGCACCAGCUGAUGUGGCGGACUCGUCACAGCCCAAGUCAACAGGGCUCUUGAUGGUCCACACCAGCACAGAACCAGGCGCCAAGGUUAACAACCAAGAUGUGGAGGGCCAGGACAGCAACAGGCCAUCAGAGCUGAAGGACCCUAACCAACCGGAUCCACACAACCCUCCGACUCUCUCCAAUCCCCAGCCACCCUCAUCACGGGGGAGGAGCGUUCCUUUAGGUGAAUCCUUGGAUGAACCAGUGAAGCUGCCAUUUCGAAUCCCCCCUCCCCCCCUGGCCUCAGUUGAUAUUGAUGAAGACUUUGAGUUCACAGAGCCCCUCCCCCCACCACUGGAGUUUGCCAACAGUAUUGACAUACCUGAUGACCAGGCUAGUGCCAUUGCAGAGAUGAUUCAGCAACAGAGACGAAAUGGGGGACCUCGAUUACCCCCCUAUGAUCCUCACGCCCCACCACCGGUUGUUGAUCAACACAAACGGGUGGCGAACCGCAUGCCCCCCUCAUAUCCUCCUCCUCCACCGGAACAAGAGUCAGGGGUGGGUGACUCGGGCAUCGAAGAGGUAGACAGCCGCAGUAGCGGGGAUCCUCAGCACAUGGAGACCACCAGCACCGUUUCCAGCAUCUCCACCCUGUCGUCAGAGGGAGGCUUCUGUGACAGCGCUCUGGAGAGCCUCUAUGCCACUGCAGACGGACAUGCCUUCCUGGUGGAUCGGCCCCCAGUGGCGCCCAAACCCAAGGGCAAGUCUGUCAUCAACAGGACAUCACUUUAUCAUGACGCACUCAUUGAAGAGCCCCCAGAGUCCUAUGGGACUCCACCACAGGCCCCACCCCCUCCCCCUUCAUCCUCGGAACCUCCUAGAACUCCUACUCAGAGGACAUCCAAGCUGUGGGGCGACCAGCCCCCAGAGCUGUGCAGCCCCCCAUCCACACCAGACAGCAAGCACACCGUCAUCACCGAGCUGAGCUCCAUUCUGCAGCAAAUGAAUCGCGACAGGCCGCCCAAGCCAGGAGACAGCCUCGACUCCCCCACUGGGACCAGGGGGGCCUUUGGAACAAGGACUCCCACAGAAGACUCAGGAAUGCGUAAUAACGCCGCUGCUGCCGCCCCCCUCACCUCCACCCCGCCCAGCAGCCUCCCGUCCCAGACGCACCCCUGCAGCCCCCCCGACUCCGUCUCCUCCCUCACCCCCUGCUCAUCACUGCCUCCGUCAGUGUCGCCCACCCUCACCGACGUCUUCGGCCUGCCCACCCCGCCCAUGGGCAGCGGCGGCGGCUACAGCCUGAGCUCCUCGUACGGCGGCAGCGGCAGCUCGCGCUCCCCCUCGCCGCUCACGCUGAUGCAGGCGGUGGCGGCCUCGGGGAAGCCCUUCGCCUCCAAACCCAUGGAGCUGUGGAGCAAGCACGACGUGGCCGACUGGCUGGAGAGCCUGAACCUGGGGGAGCACAGGGACGCCUUCCUGGACAAUGAGAUCGAGGGGGCCCACCUGCCCUCGCUGCAGAAAGAGGACCUGAUAGACCUGGGGGUGACGCGGGUGGGCCACCGGAUGAACAUCGAGAGGGCCCUCAAGCUGCUGCAGGACAGAUAAGCCUGGAGGAGACGGCUGAGGAGCUGGGAGAGGAGCCACCACUUCGACCUUCUCCUCAUCAGACACGAUCUCAAGUCCUGGAACUGGCUCAAAGUUUCGCGGAUGCUGCCUCUUGACGGUCUGGUCCUCUCCUCCUCCAGAGUCGCCCUCAUCUCAGUGCUCCCUCCUCCUCCUCCUCCUCCUCCUCCUCCUCCUCCUCCUCCUCCCCCGUCCUGAGCUCCAGAGGAUCAGGGGACUGCUGAGGCAACGGAGAAGACAACAGCUGCUAUGUCACAUCAUGGAGGGAGAAGCAGAGGACGCCAGUGUGAAGACACCUGAAGACAGUUUGUCCUCAGACACUGGAAGACAACACUCACCUGGAAGUUUCACAGACUCUGCUCAACCCUCUGCUUUGGAAUACUAGAGACUUUUUCCAUCACCCCAGUGGGGGUGCAUGAAAACCCAGCUGAGCUGGUCGUUGCUCCUUUUCUAUCUUUGCUAGAGUUUGUUCAGAGAUGAUAUUUCUUCACUAGAGUCCUACCAGAGUUAUAUUUCUGGUUGCAUCUGAUGUUGUAGAGAAAAUUUUAGAUAGACUCCAUUUUUUUUGCUUUUCACCUGUUUGUGUCAAAGUAAAAACAUUAGUUGACAUGUUGAAACAAAUACUAAAGCAAAUCUCGACCAUGCACACACACACACACAAACAAACACACACUGUCCUCACUGAUGUACACACUCUUAGCAUGCAAACACACACAUUGUUGCUGUAAUGCCCCCCCCCUCAAGUGAAGCGAGGACACGAGGAACAAGAUGGACGGACACAACGUCGGAGUGUGUUGCUGCAGAAUGUGUUGUCAUCCUCUCCUGGAUUUGUGUGUGUGUGUGUGUGUGUGUGUGUUUUCUAUUUCCAUGGAUCUGCUCUAAAGCCACAGUCGAGGGAAACUACUGCUGUUCUUUCCUUUUGUCCUUGAUUCUUCCAUCUCCCCAUCAGCAGGUGGACAUGUGCCCCCCGAGUCUCAGAUAGAAGUGGAGGUGUUUCAGAGAGACGGCCUCUUGAGAGGUGCAUUCUGGGAUGUGAACCUAUCUGCUUUUUAGACGAGAAGAUCAAUAUCCUGCUCCAGG